AUGUUGCCUCAAUCUAUUUCCCAGGCUGCCAUCAUGGCAACUUUCUGUUUGACAGGCUUGGCGUCUGCCGAUGUCUCAUCUGAUGCUUCUACUCAGACAGUAUCGGCACCCCCAAUCAUCUCCAGGCGAGUAGGUCAGCCGAAGCCCAGUCCUGGUAAUGUGAUGAAGGCUUGCGGCAGCCAUAUCUCGCUCUGUGGUGCUGAGGACGAAGAUAACGUUAUCUAUAUCCCGAGGAGCACGAUCACGAAGACGAACAGCAUCACUUCGACCUCAACAAAGGUGCUCAAACCUACAACCUUGACCGUUACGCAGAUCUCGGUCUCAACUGUCACGGACACAACAAAGGGUCACUGCCGUAAGACCGUUACUGCCGCUGGCCCACCCGUUGAGGUCACUGUCGACGUUAAAGUUGUCAAGGUUCAGGAAAUACAGUCCAUUGGAACCACCACCAAAACCGACAUCCAUACUGUCACUGCGAGCGCCGUUGAACAAUGUUUCCUUGAAACGUACACCAUCCUGGCACACGGUUCUGGAGGCUCGGGUCCUUCAGCCAGUCUGGCAGCGUCCUCACGAUCAAUCGAAAGCGCUAGCACCGCCGAGGCUACUCAUGAGACAGAACCUGAGCGUUCUUCGUAUGACCCUCUUCAUGACUUCAUAAGAGGGGAAUCAAAGGAACUUCCCAUGGAAGGAGAAGGUUCAGAGUAA